GGGUCAUUGAAUGUCCUGUCUUCUGACAGCAACACCUGACGCCUGCUGUUAAAGAUGGAGGAGAAGAAGUUACAUAAUCAACACACUUAUGUUUGCACUUUUCUGGACUGUAAAGCUGCGUUCAGUAAAUCAUGGCGACUAGAAGCUCAUUUAUGCAAACACACAGGACUGAGACCACACUCUUGUGAGAGCUGUGGCAAGAGCUUCUGCUCACGCUACCAACUCUCCGGGCAYGAGCUGAGCCACAGCCGAGAGGAGCCGCACAGGUGUUCGGCUGGAGGACGCUCCGAGGCCUUGGUCACAUCUGCCAGCAUGAAGAACCACGUGGACCGAGUCCACCAGCACCAGGGGAAGAGAUAUCAGUGUGACCAUCAGGGCUGCGAGCAGGAUUUCAACAAGAGAAACAAACUAAAAGCUCACAAGACUGAACAYGGAGAUCCGUCGCCUUUUCAUUGUGCUUUUAGUGGCUGCACAAAAGAAUUUUCCACCCAAGGACAACUGAAGCAUCAUGAGAAAAUGCACGAAGGUUACCCAUGUGGUGUUGAGCUGUGUCCUUUCUGGGGGAAAACAUGGACAGAGUACCUGAAUCACAGAGGACAACACAAAGCUCAGAUGUGUGAGCGCUCUCAGAAGAAAAGGUCCUACUUGUGCACCAGAGAAGGUUGUGACAAGAAGUUCAGUYGCCUCUUCAGACUGAAGGACCACGAACUGGGAGAACAUGAGGGGGAGAAGCCCCUCAGCUGUCCUGAWUGUGGGGAGAGCUUUGCUGUGACGGAAACCCUGUUGCGACACGGCAAGGUGCACAACCAAGCAGUGACAAAGAAACGACCUCACAAAAAGGAUCAGGCAGCUCAGCUCGUACAGUCGGCUGCAGCCAAUAAAGAAGAAACAAACAACCUUUCUACGAAGCUGAAGAAUACAGCUUUAGAGGAUAACGGCUCAUGAUGUGUUUGAAAACUGAAACUAUCAAACGUUUCAGUGUUUUGCAGUGACUAAAGCAUCAUUAAAAACCUUGCACUAUGUUUUCAUUGUUCAGUAAUUUUAAAUUCAAACGCACUAAACUAGGUUUCAACCGUCUUUAUUUCCAAACCUUUUCCCUUAAAUCCUUAAAAGGGGUGGUUCUAGAGGCAUGGCCUGACACUUGAUUGACCACCAGGCAUCAUCCCCAAAAAACUGACACACGAAAGGGGAUCUUGGAUUUUGUAUUUGCAUUUAGAUUUUUGAUACUUCUGUGUAUACAUUUUCAGGUGUGUAUCUUUAAAAAUGGGUGAAUUAAAUCCCUUUGUAAAA